AUGCAGCAGCUCCAGUUCUCAUUGUUCGACUCAUUACCUAAUGUUCAAACUACGAUACAAGCUCCGUGUUCGCCAACUACCCCGCGAGCAACUAAUAUCAACAAGAAUGACUUGAUUGAAAUACCAAAUGAAAGAUCAAUGCGCUUAUUACCCCUAAUUCUAAUGGUACUGUGCAUAACAGCAAUCGUUUUGGCAAGUAUUAUUGUGCCACUCCUAGUUCUUAAGCUAGCUAAUACAGAAUCAACGACAGUCACAUUAAUAUCAACAACAGUAACGACUACAUCGAUAACAACUGCAACGACAACAACCGCGACAACUGCCACAACAACUACAACAACAGCACCUUAUUAUCAUCCUGGUGGUAUUCAUACUCAAGAGCAGAUUGACUUUAUAAAACUGAAAGUUGUUCAACAAGAGCAGCCAUACUAUAAUGCAUAUCUUCAAUUGAUUAAAAGUGCUAAUGCGGCAUUCAAGCAUACUACAAAUGCUGUAGCUGAUUAUUCAAUUCCUCGCAAUUAUUUAAAUGCAACGGCGCAUUAUUUAAGUUCACGUGUACUUCAGACAGAUUCAUUCGAUGCAUAUGCAUGUGCUCUGGCUUAUCAUCUGAGCGGUGGUCAAACUGCAUAUGCCAAUCAAUCAUUACGAUUUGUGCAAGCAUGGGCUGAUGUGAAUAUCAAAUAUUCUGAUUCUGACGGUAGUCUUGUCAUGGCUUAUUCGGGAACAGGAAUGAUCAUUGCAGGUGAACUACUUUAUAAUUAUAAUGGUUGGAACUCUACUGGAAGAGAAAAAUAUUUUCAAUGGGUAAGAAAUGUCUAUUUGAACGCGUCGAAUACAAUCAGAUCACGGACAAAUAAUUGGGCAGAUUGGGGACGAUUUGGUUCAAUUUUAUCUGCUCAUUUAUUGGAUAAUUCUCAAGCAAUAGCAGAAAACAUUGGUUUAAUUAAAAGUGAUCUUUUUCAUAAAAUUGCUCAAGAUGGUCAUAUGCCAGAAGAAACAAUAAGAGGAGAUAAUGGAAUAUGGUAUACAUACUUUUCUUUAGCACCAAUAACAGCUGCAUGUUGGGUAGCUUAUCAGACGACGCAAGAAAAUCUAUUUACGAAUUUUUCACAAGGUAAUGCUUCGAUUAAGCUAGCACUUGAUUAUCUCUAUUAUUAUAAUAUAAAUUCUGGCCAAUGGCCUUGGUUUGUAAAUCCUAAUAAAGGAUCAGCCUCAUCAUGGCCAGGUAAUUUAUUAGAAGCAAUGGCAUCUAUCUAUGGAGAUAGCAACUAUGUUAGUUAUGUUCAAUCGUCAAGACCUAUAAUGUAUUCAACACACCAUUUUGCUUGGACGUUUCCAACAUUAAUGAAAACUCAAUUGGGCACAUAUUGA